CUUUUGAGAGGCUGGGAGUGGUUAAUUAUUCAGCAUGGAGUUCUGAAGUUCAAAACUCCUUAAGCACUUUCAGAAACAGAUGGGUCAUGUGAAAUCACAUUACACCAUCGUCUCUUGCACUGCUGCUUUGGACCUUGUUUGUUCUCCACUAAGAAAAGCUAAGGCACCUCCUCCUCCACCUGAGACCAAAAACGUUGAUGUUUCUCCUUUUGAUGACACAGAAUCAGCCAACUUCACCAUGGAGCAGAAAGAGAAUGUAAUUGAUAAAGACAUUGAACUAUCAGUGGUCCUGCCAGGAGAUGUGAUCAAAUAUACUACUGUUAAUGGCAGGAAACCCAUGAUGGACUUGCUGAUCUUUCUCUGUGCACAGUAUCGUUUAAAUCCCUCAAGUUAUACUAUUGAGUUAAUGUCAGCAGAAAAUAGCCAGAUUAAAUUCAAACCCAACACACCUAUUGGAAUGCUUGAAGUGGAAAAGGUGAUUGUAAAGCCAAAGCAAAUGGAUAAAAAGAAACCUGCUCCAGUGAUACCAGAGCAAACUGUAAGAGUAGUCAUAAACUACAAGAAGACCCAGAAGACGGUAGUAAGAGUCAGUCCCCAUGCACCGCUUCAGGAACUCAUACCGAUUAUCUCCAGUAAAUGUGAGUUUGAUCCUUCGCACACUGUGUUGUUGAAGAACUACCAGUCCCAAGAAGCCCUGGAUGUGACAAAAUCUCUUAAUGACUUUGGACUGAGAGAACUAUAUGCCAUGGAUAUCAGUCGAGCCACAUCACCAGCUGAUUUAAAUUUACCAUCUUUACAAGACUCCUACCAAAUGUCUGAAAACUUAGAUGUUUUGAAGGAGAGAGAAAAUAGAGGAUUUUUCAGCUUUUUUCAACGAAGUAAGAAGAAACGAGAACAAGCUGCCAGUGCUCCAGCAACUCCACUGAUGAGCAAGCCAAGGCCAACUUUUAUCACCAGGUGUAACACUGUUAGCAAGCAGUAUGAUUCAAGUACCUUGCCAUCUGAAAUGCCAAAGAAGCGGAGAGCUCCUUUACCACCUAUGACAACUUCCCAGAGUGCCCCUCAGGAUCUUGCGCGUGCCCAGGUCAAAACAGCAUCUGAUAUUGUCAAAUCUAACAGUUUUGAUAGGAACGAACAGGACGCUCCAGGACUAGGAGUAGUAAGGAAGGGCUCUCUGCCGCUCAGUGACACAGCUUCUGUGAACUCCUCUCUGCGAAGGAUGAAACGCAAAGCGCCCUCACCACCCUCUAAAAUGCCAGAAGAUCAAAGUGAAAGCAUUAAUGAGCCUGUAACACCUGCUAAGGAUACUGUGGAAGAAAAAGCCACUGAAAUACAGACAGAAACAGGAAUCAGGAGCACAGAGUGCGGUCUGGAGGGCAUUGAUGAAAACGAAGAGAUGAGCGUGCACCACGGAGCGGGGACGGAGAGCACAGAGCCCUCUCUGAGGACAGCAGAGGCUCCUGCGGCCCUGAGCUCUGCUGAGCUACCUUUGGAAACUGAGAAAAAUGAUCCUGCUUCCUCAGCUCCAGUUCCUGGCAGUGUUUCUGUAGACAACACACAAAGCCUCAAGGAAGAAAAACAAGAAAAUAUUAGCACAGAUGGCAAAGGACUCCAGACUAAAAUAAGUACUGAGCAAGUUGCCUUUGAAAAAGACAGGAAGCUCAGAAUUUUGGAUGAAAACAAAAAUGAUGAUGACCAUGGUACAAAACUCCUUGCAACAACAGAAGAGGAAAAAGAACUUCAGGCAACAGAAAUUACUGCAGUAGAUUUUAGAGAAAACAAGCUUGAAGUUGACAGACUAUCAAGCUGCCAGGCAUGUAAAAAUGACAUCUCUGUAAGUCAUAGGAAUUAUCCUCAAGUGAUUCCAGAAAUACAGGAGCAGAAGUCAAAUCGAAACAGUCUGGACACAGUAAAAACUCAGGAUGUUGCCAUUCAGACAGGUCCAUCAGAGGGCAAUUUAGAAAGAACUACAGUAAAGGAAAUUACUGUUCCUCAAGAGCCUGAGUCAUUCAGGGGACUAGCCCGUCAACACAAUACAGAUACAAACAACCCCCGUCUCCAGCUGAAGCAUGGAGUGCAAGAGGAUGAAGAAAUUUCAGCAGAAUUAAACCUUCAGAGGGAAGGAGAAGGAAAUCCCAUAAAAGAUCAAAGUCACAGCUCUGUAAAUGGUGAUAAUGUUGCUUCCCCAGAAGCAACAGCAAAAAUUCCAGAUGGCUCUCCUUUGAAAAGUUACCCUCUUUAUAGACAGGAUACCAAGCCUAAACCUAAACCCUCUAAUGAAAUUACAAGAGAUUACAUACCAAAAAUUGGAAUGACUACUUACAAAAUAGUGCCUCCAAAAUCCUUGGAAGUAAUGAAAAGCUUAGAAUCAGAAAUUCCAUCAGAUUAUAAGGAUCAACAGGUGUCUGCUCUGGAAAACUCUCUGAACCAUGAAGACUCCAAAGAAUUAAUGCAAACUGAAAUUCCUCAACUUCAAGAAAGUGUGGAUCAUUUGCAGGUUGGUUCGCAAAAUGAACAUACAGCAGCAAAUGGUUCACUGCACAGAGUGAACAGUGUUUCUGAGCACGCUGGGACUUCUCAACUUGAGAUUGCUCCCAAGAGCAAUCCAGUAGAAACGGAGUUCUCCAAACAACGUGUCCCCCUGGCGCUAAGCUUGGAUAAUGCAAACGCUUCUUCCGAGACUCAAGACAAGUCGAAUGCAUUAAGUCCUGCAAUGAAACCUAGUUCUUUUUUUCUGCAAAUGCAGCGAAGAGCUUCAGCUCAUUAUGUGACAUCUGCAGUUGCCAAAAGCACUGUUUCUGUUCCCAAUACUAUUCAAAAUGAAGCUAAGAGUACAGACAUAGAAAAAAGAAAAUUGUCACCAGAUCAAACUACUUUUCUUUUACAUAAAGCAAGUAGUUUCUCUCCUUCAGCAGAUGAGCAAAAAGAUGAUGAUGAAAACAAAAUUGUGUCAUCCAACUCUCCUGUUAAAAGCAAACCUUUGAGUUUCCCCUCCUGUCAACCAGCAUCAUUGAGCUUAAAAACUCUAAGAACUUUUGCAGCCCCAAAGCCAUAUUCCAGUUCAAGACCAUCCCCUUUUGCUCUUGCUGUCUCAUCGGCAGUCAGGAGGUCCCAGCACGGGAGCCGCGAGCUCGUCUCUGCUCAGUCGCUGUGUCUCUGUGUGCCCCUGCAGCGCUCGCUGAGCAGCCGUGCGGCUGCCGAGCAGCCGGGGCAGGGGCAGGCAGGGGUGGCGGCGCGAGCACUGGCGGGCGCCCAGGCAGCCGGGGCAGGGGCAGGCAGGGGCUUCCCCCGACCCCCCACCCGCUGUCGCCAAGAGCCGCCCCGCAGCGAAGCUGCAGCGCCCCGACCCCGAGCAGAUCCACCAGAGCCUCCUGGCUGCCAUUCGCUCCGGAGAAGCUGUUGCCAGGUUGAAAAGGCACGGAGAACUCGCAGUGAGAGGACGAGCAGUGACUGCCAGUACGGGCAGAGCGUGGACGCGGCGCUGGCCGCCUGGCUGUCGUUUGUGCUGUGUAAGGGCCGUCAGCUGCUCGUUGGUCCUCCACCAAAUGCUAUGUCUGUCAAUGGAAGAGCCAGGCUUACUCCUUUGUAUUCUACAGAAGCAAAAACUAAUCACUAGAUAUUAUUCUAAAUAUUUCGCACUUUACUACUGCUUCAUAGGCCAACUCAAUACUAGCUACAAAUUAUUGAAAGUGUAAAUGCAAGUAGAUGUUAAUAUAUUUUUGUCGAUUGGUAUAGGAAUUUCGUGUUGGGUCCUUUGCCCAGGAAAGAUUAUUAGACUAUAUAAAUUAUGGUAAUAUUUUGCCUUUUUCUCCUUGUAAAGUUGACAAUGCUGCUAAAAAGGUUUAAGAGAAGGUGCAGAUGAGCUUCACUUGUGUUGGAAUGAGAAUCAAAAAUUGUUAAUUUCAGCCUUCAAGACUGAACAAUUAUGUAGCAGUAUGCUGAAAAUACAGGUUUCUCUAAAUGUAAGAAUUUUAGAUGAGUAAUUUUGUAAUUGUGUAAUACUUUAACAGAUUGUAUGAAUUUAAAUCUACCAAAUGUUGCCUCCAUAUUAUUUUGUUAAAUUAAAUUUGUAAUUAGUAGAGAAUCU